AUGUCAAGCAACGGCACCAAUGGCAACACUUCCUCGGAAGCCUCGCGCCUCAAAGACCCUUCGCUGUUCAGCACCAAGAUCGUCAUCGGCUCGCAACGACUCGAUUCGCACUCGGGUAAGACCUUCGAUGUUGUCUACCCGGGCGACCGCAAAGUCAUUGUGGCCACAAUUCCCGAGUGCAACACCCAAGACGUGAACGAUGCGGUCUCAUCGUGCCUCUCUACCUUUAAAGAGUUCUCGCAGACGACCGCACGCCAGCGCUCCGACCUGCUGCGCAAGCUCAACGACCUUACUCUCGCCAACAUCGACGACCUCGCCACGCUCAUCGUGCGUGAAAACGGAAAGACGCGUGCCGAGGCGGAGGCGGAGGUCAAGUACGCCGCGUCGUUCCUGAGCUGGUUUGCGAACAUGGCCGAGGUAGGGUGCCAGGGGGAGACGAUCGCCGCCGCCAACCCAAGUAUGCGGAUUCAGACGAUCCGACAGCCGAUUGGGGUGGUGGCGUGUUUGCUGCCGUGGAACCUGCCGUUGGCGAUGGCAACCCGAAAGAUUGGUCCGGCGCUUGCGGCUGGCUGUACUUGCAUCGUCAAGCCCGCAGGCGAGACGCCGCUGUCCACCCUCGCCUUUGCCGAGCUCGUCAAGCGUGCCGGCUACCCAGAUGGCUGCGUCAACGUCGUCACCACCCUCGACAACGUCGCCGAAGUCGGCAAGGCGAUCUGCGAGCACAAGCACGUGCGCAAGGUCUCGCUCACCGGCUCCACCCGCGUCGGCAAGCUCAUCGCCCAACAAUCCGCUAGCACGCUCAAGAAGCUCUCCAUGGAACUGGGCGGCAACUCACCCGUCAUCGUCAUGAACGACGCUACCAUCGACAAGGCCAUCACCGGCGUGCUGCUCGCCAAGCUACGCACCUCGGGUCAAACGUGCGUCGCCGCCAACCGCAUCCUCGUCCAAUCCGGCAUCCAUGAUAAAUUUUUGGAGGCGUUGAAGGAGAAGAUCAAGACGUACAAGCAGGGUGAUGGCGAGGAUUCGUCGACCAUGCUCGGCCCGCUGAUCACCGAUAGGGCGGUGGAGAAGUGUCGUGCGCAUGUCGCGGAUGCUCUGGAAAAGGGGGCGGAGCUGUACUACGGUCCCCAACCGCCCAGCAGCUUCCCGGAUGAAGGAGGUUUCUUCUACCCGCCAACCAUCCUGACCGGGUUGAGCGACGAUAUGCAGAUUGCCACAGAGGAGACUUUCGGCCCCGUCGCCGCGAUUCGCAAAUUCGAGACCGAAGAAGAGGCCCUGGAGAUCGCGAACAACUCGGACGUGGGUCUCGGCGCCUAUGUCUACACGAAUGACCUCAGGGUCGCAGCAAGGAUGUCCGCAGGCAUUGAGACGGGUAUGAUCGGGAUCAACACCGGCAUGCUCAGUGCCUGCGAGGCUCCAUUUGGCGGAGUCAAGGAGAGCGGGUACGGUAAGGAGGGAAGCAUUCACGGCAUGGCCGAGUACCAGAUCAUGAAGUCCAUCACUACGGAUGUCUCGGGUUAG